AUGGAAGACGCGGUGCACUGGCAGACGAGCGAGCUCGCCUGUGCUAUUAAGUAUCGACUGCUGGCUGAAAAUGUAGCACAAGGAUACAAAAAUGAAUUGGUGGCGCGCGUUAAUGUGCCCAGUGCAUACGUGGCACCGCUUGUUGAUCGCGCAUUCGCGCUGCAUCCCGCUAUGUACACGAUUGUACAGGAUGAAACCUGUGAAACUUUGAGCCUCAUCUGGGACGAGUACGAGAAUCUUGACUGGAAGAAUAUUCUGGCUGGAAAGGUUGUAGCCAACGCGUAUUGCAUUCGCAAGGGAAUCUCGCGUAAGGCUCAGCUGUCUAUUUACUUGGCCAAGUACAUCAUGAAGAAUCCAGCCUGCAUGUUGCGUAGAUCAUUGCCGCGAACCCUUGUCAUAGACACAUGGGAAGCUUACGAUGAGAGCAUGUUUCGUUUCGGCAUCUCUUUUCGCCAACGUUUAGACUCAUGUCUGUGGGAGGUAAAGCAGGCACUUGAGAGCGAGAGCAAGACUUGGAUCAUGAAGCCUAGUGCCACUAACAAGGGCGCUGAAGUCAACCUGAUCAGAGACUUCCAAAAGUUGCGCAGCAUCGUGAACGAGUGGACCGACAUCCGUGAGUGGGUUGUCCAGGAGUAUAUUGAGCGUCCGCUGCUUUUGCGUGGCCGCAAAUUCCACAUUCGUGCGUACGUUCUUGCGGUAGGCGGUAUCAAGGUUUAUGUAUACCAGCACUGCCUUGUGCUCUGCGCUCUUGAACAAUAUUGCGAGGCUGAUAUAGACAACAAUUUCUCGCACAUUACUAACACUUGGUUACAGCAGAGUCAUCCGGAUUUUGUUGAGAGUGAAAGCGUGUUAUUACUUGACGAUAUUGAAGAAAUAUUGACUGAUCAAGGCAUCUUGGAUGCUGUAAACAUGAAGACUAAAAUUCUUGCUGAUAUUGGCCUUAUAACGGCCGAAAUGUUCGACGCUUACAAAGGCGAGUUCUCUGUAUUCCAGCCCCUACCAAAUUGUUUUGAGAUAUACGGUGUAGACUUCAUGGUCGAUGAAAAAUUUAACGUGUGGCUUCUGGAAAUAAAUCCCGGCCCAGACUUUAAGCAGACAGGCGACCGUCUUCACUUCGUGAUCCGCGAUCUCUUGGCUGACACGUUGAGUGUCGUCACCAGUGAAUUUUUUUCCGAACAAGAGAGGCGGUCGGUUGAAAGUCAUGAGAUUGGCGCAUAUAUCAAGGUCUACGAUCACCAAUGGAGUGUUCUUUCUAAAGGCUCAUCCAUGAAGUUAGUGGAUUAG